CUCCUUGUGCUUAAAAGUGGACAAAUACUCAGGAAAAGUGGGCAGUGUGGGCAGGUGGAUUGUGUGGCAGCUCGACACUGCGGUGCUAUGGACCAGAGUGAGCCCAGCUGUGAUGGUCCUCAUGGGGAUGGUCCUGACUGUGGUGGUCUCAGCCAUUGGGGUCUUGACCACAGCAGUCCUGGUGGUCUCUUCCCCAAGGAAGCCAUGGGAGCAGGUGAGCAUCUGCUCUGGGCAAUGCUGUUGGAUGUCCCCAUGUUUGUGCAGUCUGACCCCUGCGCUGCUGGCACCUAUAGGGGCUCACACAGCUCUGCUCCCUGUCUGGGCUGGUGGCAGCGGUGCUGGGGACCUUUGUCCCCCACUAAGCAUUCAGAGGACUUUGUUCCCAUGCUGGCCUCGUUGCCCAUAGCCCUGGGGAUGUACAGGAGCCAUGGGAGGAGGAUGAGGACGGAGGGUCCCAGCUAUGCUCGCAGCACCAAAAGUUUCUCAUGGCUGCAGGCAUACAGCCCUCAGCAAAGGCAUCCAGGUUAUGCUUUCCGGGCUUGAUACCUUGUUCUGCUCUGUGAAACCCCAGUGGAGGGCAUGAAAUGUGUUCCCCAAAAAACUCUUGCAUGUAUCUGACAGUUCCCUGUCCCCACUGUGCUGUCUGUCCCAACGUGGGCACAGCCUCUCCCACCGCCAGGCUCACCUCUCCCACUGCCCUGUUGAGGUGGUGGGAUUUCCCAAAGUAGGUCAGGUUAAUUUUUCAACGCGUGCUGAUUUGCUCGUUACCAUGGAUAUUGCUCAAUUACACACCAAUAAUCCUCCCCAGAGAACUUCAUUGUUGCUGCUUUCCUUCCCCCCGCUUUUUUCUUUCAAGAUUCCCAGGAGUGGGUCAGGAUGUGUCAAGGGGAUGAAGCGGGAAAGAGAGAGCAAAGAUGGAUAGGGGAAAUCUGGGCUGAGCUUUGGGGAAUGCUCAUCUGAGUCAGUGAGAGUGGGCACUGGAGGCUCAGUGUGUCCAUGGCUACACUCUGCCCUGCCAGGACCCAGCACCAUAGCCCCCCAGCAUCAACCUGCUUUUUGGGGGUGGCUCAGCCAAACACCAUGUUCCUGGGGCUCAAGGACUUGAGGAUCCACGCAAAAGGAAAAUGAAAAAGCAUCUCUCUUUUCCUCUCUCGAUCAAUUGCUCCCAGUUCAACUCAGCUUGGCUUUGCAAGUGCAGCAGGAGGCAAGAGAAAUAUUCUUCCAAAGGGUUUUUCUUUUUGUAAUGCAAACUUUAUUUUUUUGGUAGAAGUGGGUCACUGGAGGGGUGACAGAGUAAGAGCAUCAUCGCCUGGGUGAUACAUCUUGUUGCCAUGGUGACCUGGGGGCUGCAUCAGUCAACAGCUUUAAACAUUUGACAGCUGAGUAAGAUGGAAGAUUUUAAUGAGGACAGACACUUGCUUGCUUAGUUUCAAUAACCGAAUUCUCUAUAAAUACCCUCGGUCUGAAUGGCUGCAGGUCUCCAGUGUGCUGUGAGUAGUGUGGUUGGGCACUCCCCUUCCCCAUGUGUUCCAGGGUAGCGAGUGUGUGCCCACAUCCAAAACAGUUGAGGGAUGCAAAGCAGGUGGCUCUUUAUAAUUCUUUUCCUCUCCUGCUCAUGUUGGAACAAACAAGGUGACACGAGUGCAGUUGGGGAGCGCAGGCUUUGGGUUUCCAAGGCACGUGCUGGACCAUGUGUCCUUGACAUUGGUACCGUGGCUGUGGGGCGGGAUGGGGCCACCCCCACCACUGCCUGCAACAAACCAAACCUGGGGAGCAAAGGCUGCUUGCUAGGAGCAGAUGGACUCUUGUGCUGUGCUCUUGCUUGCAAGAGGUGAGCCAUAAGCAAGCUCCCAAGGUUCAGCUGCAAUCUGGAGAAGAUGUGGGGCUUGGUUAAAGCAAAGCAAGGCACUGCUGGAGUGGAGACAUCAAUCAGGCAUGGAUAUUGGAAAAAAUUUGUUCUCAUCCCUUGCAAUGCCACCACCACACCAGGUGUUCCCAGUGCCUGCAGUGCUUCAUUCUGGGCCCUGCGCAGAGGUGUGGCAGGGAUGGGAGCUUCCCAUUUGCUGCUCCGCUGGCAGCCAGGCACAGUGUGAGCCCCUCCAGUGCCAAGGGCAUGCUCCUCAGGUCUUGUGACUGCACUGGUGACACUGUGAUGUCCACACCUCCAAGCACAGCCUUCUGUCACAUGUAACAGUGUGGAAAAUCCUCAGGCUGACCCCUGUGGAAUGGCAGGCUUGGGACCUGGCUCUGCCCUUGGGCUUUAGACCCGCAGCCGUCAUGCUGGAUGCUGUGUUAGAGAACAGGGCUGGGCUCCAGCUCUCCCUGUCCCUCUGGGGUGAGCUGUGGGGUUGACUGCGGCCAGGGCCACCCUGCGAGUGCUCUGUGCUGAGCCCUGCCGUCACCUUUUGUCUGUUUACAAGGUGCUGGCAGCUUCCUCCCCACGCUGCUGUGCUCCUACGCGUGGAUUUAGCCAGCUCUUCCCAAACCAAAUGGUUGUGUGCAUCCCAAUGCAGAGCGCUCCAGCACUUGGGUCUCUCUGUACUGCCUCGUUUCCCCCUUUAUGGCAACGUCCCCACGUUCUGCCAUCCCUCUUUUAACCCUAGCUGCUCUUCUCCUUUCCAGGUGUCUUUUAAAAAUGGUCAAAGGGAACACUAUAGUCCCUGAAGACAUCCUGAGUUUCUGUUGCAAUGGCCUCCAGGGCUCGACCUCACCGCCGUGCACCCAGGACACAGGGGAGCAGCAGGAGGAGGCUGCGGGGGCCAUGGGUGGCCACAACCCCACCGAGGUGCAGAUGAGCCAACUGGUUCUGCCCUGCCACAGCAAUCAGCAUGGGGAGCUCAGCGCCGGGCAGCUGCUCAAGUGGAUCGACACGGCUGCUUGCCUCUCGGCUGAGAGACAUGCUGGCUGCCCGUGCGUCACUGCCUCGAUGGAUGACAUCUAUUUUGAGCACACCAUUAGCGUUGGACAAGUCGUUAACAUCAAAGCCAAAGUGAACCGAGCCUUCAACUCCAGCAUGGAGGUGGGCAUCCAGGUGAGCUACGAGGACCUGUGCAGCGGGAAGCACUGCAGCAUCUGCAAGGCUUAUGCCACCUUCGUGGCGCAGGGUCCCCUAGGCACCAAGGUGAAGCUGAAGCCGCUGACCCCGCAGACAGAGGAGGAGAAGAUUGAGCACAGCAUUGCUGCCGAGCGCCGUCGGAUGCGGCUGGUGCACAAGGACACCCUCAAGGACCUCCUCACCCGCAACACCAGUAACACCGAGAUGGAGACGAGGGAUGGCAGUGCGGUGGUGCCGGCUGAGAAGACGCGAGUGGAGAGCGUGGAGCUGGUGCUGCCGCCGCACGCCAACCACCAGGGCAACACCUUUGGUGGGCAGAUCAUGGCCUGGAUGGAGAAUGUGGCCACCAUCGCAGCCAGCCGGCUGUGCCAUGCCCACCCCACGCUGCGUGCCAUCGAGAUGUUCCACUUCCGCGGGCCGUCGCAGGUCGGGGACCGCCUGGUGCUCAAGGCCAUCGUCAACAACGCCUUCAAGAACAGCAUGGAGGUGGGGGUCUGCACCGAGGCCUAUGACCAGGAGAUGUCUGUCAGCCGGAGGCACAUCAACAGUGCCUUCAUGACCUUCGUGGUGCUGGACGAGGAGGGCCGGCCCCGCACGCUGCCCAUGGUCGUGCCCCAGCCGGGGGAUGGAGAAAGGCGGUACAGAGAAGCCAGUGCUAGGAAGAAGAUUCGGCUGGACCGGAAAUACGUUGUCUCCUGUAAGCAGACGGAGGUGCCGCUGUCUGUACCCUGGGACCAAAGCAAUAAGGUGUACCUGAGCUACAACAACGUCUCUGCACUGAAGACACUCGUAGCCAAAGCCAACUGGGUGCUGGCCAGGGAGAAGGAGAAGGUGCAGAUCUACACGCUAGAGGAGGACAAGUUCCUCUCUUUCCGCAUUGAGAUGUCGGUGAACAUCUCGGCCAGCCAGGCCUUCUCCCUGCUCUCCGACCUGCGGCGCCGGCACGAGUGGGACAGCCACUAUGAGAGUGCCGAGCUGGUGCAGCAGGUGGAUGAGGAUGAUGCCAUCUACCACGUGCUGAGCCAGGCACUCAGCUCUGAGAACAAGCCGCAGGACUUUGUCAUCCUGGCCUCCCGGCGGAAACCCUGCAGCAGAGGGGACCCCUACGUGGUGGCCUUUCGGUCGGUGACGCUGCCCACGCACCCUGCCAGCACCAACUACACACGGGGUGAGACGCUCUGCUCUGGCUUCUGUGUGUGGCCGGAGUCAGAGGAGAUGAGCAAGGUGGCUUACUACAACCAGGCGACGCCCGGGUACCUCAACUAUGUCACCACCAACGUGGUGGGGCUGUCCUCCAACUUCUGUGCCACCUUCAAGGCCUGUGAGAAGUUCCUGUUGAAGAACAAGGAUGACCUUAUUGCACUGCUGCAGGACCUCUAGGCCUGGGGCUUUGCUGUUAUCCAUGGACAGACGUGGUCUUGCAAAGAGGGGUGUGGGGACAGAGUGGUGGCACUCAGGCCGUGCCUUGCUGGGGCUUUGGCCUGAGCAAGGUCAGUGAGAUGGGGACGGAGGGGUGUCACAGGGAUGCACCAUCUUCAUACUGAUACUUCCAGUCCUCUUUUUUUUCCCCUAAUUUUAUAAGCUGCUGAGUAGGACUUGAAUUUUAGUUCAACUAAUGCUACUUGAUUCUUUGUACAAUCCCAACUCUUCCUAAUACUGAUUUUUUUAGUUGUUUCUUAAUGAGAGAAACUUUUUUGUAGUGGUGUGGAUAGGGACUGUGCUGGGGGAUGCGCUGCUCCACUGCCCCAGGCUGCAGGGCAGGGCUGGGGCACGACCACACUGCCCCUUGGCUCUCACCCAGAGUGGGGGGAGAUGCACCUGCAGGGUGGGAAAUGGGCUACUUGUGCACCCACAACAGGGCUGUCAGGUUUUCUCUGUUCCUGCGAGGAGAAGGUUGGCUGCCACCAUGUCCCUGCCUCACAUUCACUGAUUUGGGUUCCCAACCCAAGAUGCUGAUGGGAUGCCCACACUGGGCUGAGAUCCCAAUCCCAUCACACUGCCCUGCAGUCCUGCUGCUGACUACAGCUCUGCGUGGAAGGAGUGGCAAUAAAAGCACAUCAGAAGUAAAAACCUUUA